AUGUAUAUUUUGAGGCCUCAAGCACAUGAAUCAUGUGUUUAAAUCGCCGAAGAAGACGACGGUGGUGGUGGCCAUGGAGAUCGAAGAGAUAGAGACAGCGAAGAAGAGAUGCGAAUCAGUCAUAAGAACAAUCCGACAUUGACUGCAAACAUGGCGUUUGUCAGAGCUGUGUCUCAGUCAGGCAUGUCUCUCUCCACCAUCGACCAUAGCCCUCGAGCUCUUACUGGUGAUUAG